AUGCAUGUUUAUAGUCAUUUAAUUACAACAAUUGAACGUGAAAAUCUUGAUUUACAAGAUCCAUAUAUAUCGAAAUGGAAUAGAGAGCUUCUUCUAUCUGUUGGACAAAUAGCACGAUUUAUUUAUAAUCAAUUAAUAGUUGUUAAUAAACAAUUCGAUUCUACGAUUGCCUCUUAUUCAUUCCAACCAUCUGUACCAAAUAGUGAAAUUGAUAAAGAUUUACUUGUUCCUGUUAAACGAGUUCCAACAGAUACUAAUCUUUCACUUAUUCCAUCCAGACAAGCAUAUAUAGCUAAUUCCAAACAUAUACAUUCUUUUCUUUCAUUAUCACUUGUACCAUAUGAAUUAAGUAAAAAUGGUUUAUUUCAAACAUUAAAAGAUCGUAAUUUAAUUAUUGAAGUUAAUAAUUUAUUAAUUGAAUUAACAAUACUAACAACAAUACUUUUAUCAAAUCAAUUUGUUGAAUUUCUUCAUUGGUUAUCUAGUCAAAAUAAUGAUGAUAAACAAUAUAUGAAACGUUUAUUAUCAAUAGUACGUUUUCGUGAAACAAAUAAUUCAUCAAUAAUAGCAUUAAAAAAAUUAAUUAACUAUGAUAAUUUUAAUAUUUCAACAAUACUUCCAUUACCAUCACAUGUUUUACCAGCAAGUGUAGCUACUUAUCUAUCACGAGACGAAUUACAAAAACAAUUACAAUUAACACCAUUAACAUUAAAAGAUUUUCUUCAUUAUUAUCUACUUAAAAAACAAUUAUAUUUAUUUACAAAAGAAAAUACAUCAACAGGUUUAUUACAUAUUAUUUCAAAACAUUCAGGUCAAUUAAAUAAAACUGAAUGGAAUAAAUUAAAAACAACAUUAUCAACAAUACCAUGUAUACCAACAAAUCAAGGAAUGAAAAUUCCUAAUGAAUCAUAUAUUCCAUCAUCAAUUUUAUCAUCAGAUUUACCAAUUAUAACAUUAAAUGUACCACAAAAUUUAACGGACGAUGAUGAUGAUGAUAGACAAUCAAUCAUAGAAAAUAUGGAAAAUUCUGUAUCAGCUGAAUUUCUUAAACGUUUAGGUUGUCGAACAUUAAAUGUACAAUCAUUUGUACAUGCACCAUCAUUAUUAACAAAUUCAAUUAUAUCAAAUUCACAUGCAAUGAAAACUUUAAUUCAACAUUUAAUGGAAGAAAGAGAUAAUAUGAGUGAAGGAGAUCUUCAUGGGCUAAAACAAAAUGAACGUCUUAGAGGUAAGUUUAAACAAUUAUCUAUUAGUUACUAA